AUGGACAGAUGUGACUACAUUCAAGAGGCGGAACGUCAACUCUCUGAUGAGAGAUUCUAUAAGAAAUUAGACUCUGACCCCACCCCUCAAUUUAACACAGAGAUCACCACAAACCUGAAAAACAUGUGUGAACAGGGACACAUUGAUGAAACCACAUUUAAAUAUCUAAAACCGGAAAAAUCAAAGCCGGGGCGUUUCUAUCUACUGCCCAAAAUACAUAAAGUCAAUAAUCCAGGUAGACCAAUUGUUUCCGCCAAUGACCACCCUACAGAAAAAAUAUCAGAAUUUAUUGACUUUCAUCUCCGACCACACGUAGAAAAUUUACCAUCAUAUAUUCAAGACACAACACAUUAUCUUAAAAAAAUGGAAUCUUUGAACCCUCUCCCACCUGAAACGAUCCUUGUCUCGCUUGAUGUUACCUCCCUCUAUACUAAUAUCCCCCAUGACGAUGGUAUAGAAGCCUGUAGGGAAAUCUGGAACUCUCGUAACACCUUACAUCCACCAACUGAAUGUCUCAUCCAGCUUCUUACUUUGGUAUUAAAAUGCAAUAACUUCACAUUCAAUGGUGAGCACUUUCUCCAAGUUAAUGGAACAGCAAUGGGAACAAAGAUGGCCCCGUCUUAUGCCAAUAUAUUUAUGGGGAAAUUAGAACAGAGAAUUCUCAAUUCUUUUCUUUAUCAACCCCUCUCUUGGUUCCGAUUUAUUGACGAUAUUGACAUGAAGUGGGAUAAUACUGAACAAGAACUAGAUUUGUUUAUUCAACAUGCCAACGAUGCCCAUCCCUCAAUAAAUUUCACAUAUGAAAUCUCUGACUCUAAGAUCACAUUUCUUGACACUACAACGCAAUUGAGGGAUGGAAACAUAUUUACAGAUCUGUAUUGCAAACCCACAGACAAACAUCAAUAUCUGUCUCCUUCAAGUUGUCACCCUAAACAUUGCACCAAGAGCAUUCCCUACAGCCAGGCCAUACGAAUAAAAAGGAUUUGCUCCAUCAACGAUGUUGUCAAAAAACGACUACAAGAACUUCGCGGUCACCUAAAACAUCGGGGCUACAAAAGGAAAGACAUUGAUAAAGGUUUUUCUCGUGCUAGCAACAUCAGCCGAGAUGAACUUUUACAAUAUAAAGUCAAAAAGGUCAACAGGAGGGUGCCUUUUGUGUUGAAUUACCAUCCAAAAUUUGACAACUUGUCUCACCUUAUCCGCGAAAGUUGGAAAGAUAUCGAAAAACAUCAUAAACUAUCCAAGAUCUUUCCCGAGCCACCUGUACUGGCUUUCCGCAGGCCCAAAAGCCUUAAAGACUUGCUGGUGAGAGCUGAGUUAUGCUCUCAAGCAGGCUCUUCGUCAGUGGGCUCUUGCCAGAACUGCAAAACAGAAAGAUAUAUAUCAUCUCCUCAAGUGAAAACUAUAUCUAACAACACUGGAAUUGUUUUACCUGUUGGAACUGGUCUUUGUACAAAGUGCAGAAAAAGUCUAUUGAAACAAGCUCAGUGUGAGGAAUUAUCUUUAGAUGUUUCUAAAAUAGUGCAGGUUGAUCAGCAUUCCUAUUGGAGACACGAGACACAUAUAUCUGACCAUGAAAUGACAGAUAAUGUACCAGAAUUUAGCAGCAGAACUACAGUAGAUAGCUAUAGUCAACCUGACCAUGUUGAAGCAGAUGAAGAGCAUACAUGUUUGUCUAUUACUUACAGGAGAAAAAGAAAGGUAAAUACCAAGAAAUGUUUUUGA